AUGGCAGAAGAAACUCCCAACCACACACAGAUCGUUUCCGGCUGGGCAGCUCAUGAUACUUCCGGUUUCAUCACUCCUUAUGUCUUCAAGCGCAGGGAAAACGGGAUCGACGAUGUGACGAUCCAGAUAUUGUAUUGUGGGAUGUGUCAUACUGACCUACACUUUAUCAAGAAUGAAUGGAACAGCACUAUAUAUCCUAUUGUCCCAGGGCAUGAGAUUACUGGGAUAGUAACAAAAGUGGGCAGCAAUGUGACAAAAUUCAAGAUUGGGGACAAAGUUGGAGUAGGGUGCUUGGCAGCAACAUGCUUGGAAUGUGAACAUUGCAAAGAUUCACAGGAGAAUUACUGUGACCAACUUCAGCUUACUUACAGUAACAUUUUCUGGGAUGGAAGCAUCACUUAUGGGGGCUACUCCGACAUAAUAGUAUCUGAUCAAAGAUAUGUGGUGCAUAUACCGGAUAAUCUACCAAUGGAUGCAGCUGCACCACUGUUGUGUGCCGGUAUCACGACUUAUUGUCCACUGAAAAACGAGGGAUUAUUGGAGAAGGAUUCAUUUCCGAAACGCGUCGGCGUCGUUGGGUUAGGAGGGUUAGGUCACAUGGCUGUGAAAUUUGCAAAGGCUUUUGGUCACCAUGUCACAGUCAUCAGCACAUCACCUUCCAAAGAACUUGAUGCUAAACAACAACUUGGUGCAGAUGAUUUUGUGCUCAGUACCAAUCCCGAACAAAUGCAGGCCAGAAGAAAGACACUGGACUUCAUAGUGAACACUGCAACGGCAUCGCACUCAAUUGGGCCAUUUUUGGAGCUACUGAAAGUGAAUGGAACUCUUGUGGUUGUGGGCUUACCAGUGAAUCCCAUAGGCUUGCCACCAUUCCCACUGGCUUUCGGAAAGAGAGUGGUGAAAGGCAGCUUAAUUGGGAGCAUUAAAGAAACCGAAGAAAUGUUGGAGGUGUGCAGAAAGCAUAACAUCGUCUCUGAUAUUGAGAUCAUCCAAACCACCCAGAUCAACGAGGCUUUUAAGCGUCUGGAGAGUAAUGACAAUGUGAAAUACCGUUUUGUUGUUGACAUUGCCGCCGGCGGACAAAAGCAUGCAUGA